AAGGGAGCAUGAAGCAAAGAUGGCUGGGACUAUGUUACUGAAGCCAAAGCCUAAGUGUGUGUGAAAGAGAGAGAGAGAUAGAGAGAGAGAGGAGGAGUGUAUUCCAAGACACAAUGAUUACGUCGUCUUAGGGAAGGCAGGAGGGGGAGGCGUGGAAUUGGAAAGCAGAGGGUUUGGAGGGAGGCAGAACGUGGAUCUUGACCGAGGUGGACCUGCAUCCGAUCUUUGGAUCUCUUUUCACCGCGUCAGGCCUGGUCGGCUCUAUUUCUAUACUCGGCCAUGGCCAUGCGCUCUUUUCACCUUCCCCUCUUUUCUCGCUUCUGUGGCCGCAGCAGCAGAGCGUAAUUAUAAUAUCUCCGAGAAGGGCGGUGCCAAAAAGAGAGAACCCCUCCCGAUAUGGGGAAUCGAAGAGCGAAUCGCGUAGGAGCAAAGUAAAAGCCCCCGGGGUUGCCGUACACGACCGAGCAGAGUAGAGUGGCUAGCUUAUACCACCUCCCCUCUCCCUACGGAUAAAUAAAUAGAGAGCCCGUCUGCUCUCCAGGAAGGAGUAAAAGGAGAAGAAGGGGGAGGCAAACAUAAAAAGGAUCGCAGCCUUUUAUGUUGUAGUAAGCUUAAAGGAGGAGAAAGGGAGAGGAAAGGAAGGGACGUAGGGUUAGGUGAGAGAGAUGGAAAGUAAUGGAGAGGGUUCUUCUAGUAGGGGCCAUGAAUUCCAAGGAUAUCGGGACGAGGAGCAGCAGCAACAGCACUACAACAAUAACAACAUGAGCAACCAAAGUGGUGGUGGUGGAGGAGGUGAAGGGUUCGUCUUUCCGACGGAAGCUGCUGCUGCUGCUGCUAUUGGUGCUGGUGUUGGUGGUGUUGCUUCUUCUUCUGUUCUGCCAUGGCCGCUGCCUCCUAUACAUCACUUAAGCUCGACUCAGUUUGCGCCAUCUGAUUUAGUCCGAGACCAGAACCAAGAACACUUCUUCCCUUCUCUCCCGCCACUCCCUCCCCCGCCGCCGCCACCUCCUCCUCCCCCUCCUUUCUAUGGCGACUUGUACGCACGAAGGGCUUCGACAGCUCUACAAUUCGCUUACGGUGGUGCUGGCCUCGGCUCCUCUUCGGAUCCUUUGGGACUGGGGGGUCUUUACAUGGGAUCCGAGGCACUGGCUCGCGGUGGGGGUGUGUCUCCUUUGUCGGCCUUUGGAGGCCUUCAUGCGGAGUUGGGUAAGUUGACGCCGCAGGAGAUCAUGGAUGCCAAGGCGCUUGCAGCUUCCAAGAGUCACAGCGAAGCCGAGCGCCGGCGGCGCGAGCGCAUCAACGCCCAUCUUGCUAAGCUGCGCAGCUUGCUGCCCAGCACCACCAAGACGGACAAAGCCUCGCUGCUAGCGGAGGUGAUCCAGCACGUCAAAGAACUGAAGCGGCAGACGUCGGAAAUAGCUGAAGACAGCCCGCUGCCAACCGAAUCCGACGAGCUCACAGUUGAUGCCAGCAGCGAUGAGGAUGGCAGAUUCAUAGUGAAGGCAUCGCUGUGCUGCGAUGACCGCUCGGACCUCCUUCCAGACCUCAUCAAGGCGCUGAAGGCUCUCGGGCUUCGCACACUUAAGGCGGAGAUCACCACCCUAGGCGGCCGUGUCAAGAACGUCCUCGUCAUCACCGGUGAAGAUGAUGCCGACCAUCAGCAGCAGCAGUCCAUCGCCUCCAUCCAAGAAGCACUGAAAGCAGUCAUGGAGCGGACGACGGCAAGCGACGAGCCGUCCUCGGCCGGUGGUAUUAAGCGGCAGCGGACCACCAAUCUCUCUACCAUACUUGAACACAGAAGGGGAAGGAUUUUGGUUUUGGGGUUUGUGAGAUUGCAGUGAUAGAGAAAGGGGAGGCCGGGCUUUAGCCGGAAAGGGUUGGGGGAGAGAGUGGGAGUUAAUGCUACUAAUGAUCGAUGAUGGAUAUUGGACGGGCAAUAUUGCACAACUCCUCUGUGGAUAUCCACCGAAGACGUGCUGGUUUGCUGAUCACGGUGCAGUCGCCUCUCUGUUGGUGGCUUGUCUUCUAGUUUUAAGCGUGUCAUGAGACGUUUCCAUCGAUCCAAAGGCGCCGUGCAUGACGUAGAAUCCAAGGCAUGCAACUCCCGUGUGGAUAUCCACUGAAGAAUGGGAAGGGAAAAAGAGGUUGGAACUUGGGGUUCUAUAAUUCUUCAUUGCUCAAGUUAUUUAUGCCGUUGAAGUUGCCUGAGUUCACUAUGUUUCAGCCGAUCAAAUAUUGUGGCUUUUAGGGGCCUUGUUUUAGAGUGCAAGCAUGUAUUUAGCUCUAGAAAUUAUGGUCUCUACUUCUGAUUGGUUA